AUGAAGAGAGUACCAAGCGGUGGGAAUCAAGAAGAGGAGGAGACAGCAAGGACAUUUGAUUGUAGAAGGACAAAGGAAAAAAGUCCAGGAAAGGGUGGAGCAGUCAAAGACACAAAAUGGAUAGAAGAGGGGGAUGUCUGGGAAACAGCUCAGCAUUGUCCAUUAUUCAGUCUUCUUAAAGACAGCGAAUGCUACGUCUUCCAGUGCAUAAAUCUUACCACUGCGGAGAGAGAAGAACUUGUGGAUGAAGAGCGCAGACUUUGCGACGUGCGACCUUUCCAAGCUUUCCUCCGGCUGGUUGAGAAAAAAGGAGACAAGCAGGAAAAGAUAAUCAACUCGCGAUUAAGAUCUGUUAUUGGUCCAGGUCUACGAGAAUCUACAGAACUUAAAAUUCCUGAAGUCAGUGACUUCCGGAGGCAAAUGAAACUAUUUUGUGAAGCGGUCUGCGGCGAAAUGGAGCAAGACAGCUGGGAACAACGAGUUCUCCAUCAAUAUCCUGUAGCUAUUGAAUCCAGCCCACAGCUGCCUUCCUACCUGCAUUCUAAACUGCACGAUGGUAAUCUAGUUAUCUCCAUCAGCGUUGAAAAUCAGUGUUCUGUAAAACAGUCGUCGACUUUCAAGUUUUCCGUCCACCCUAGUAUAAAUGCCAAAGAACUUCUUGACCUCGUACUGAGCAAGAAAGGCCCUAGUAUAGGUCUGCAGAGCCACCUCGCCAAAAAUUACGUUCUCAAGAUAUGUGGACUGGAGGAAUAUCUUGUAGGACCUCAUCCAUUAUCGCAAUUCAAGUAUGUUCAAGAAACACUUUCAAAUGACAAGACUCCAGAACUUGUGUUGGUACCUUCGGAUACAAUUUUACUAGAUGAAGACUGUAUCUGGAAUAAGCAGUUGGAGAGACAGAGAAGUCGUUCCCUUACCAGCGAAAGUGGCACUUUGCUGAAGCGGAAAAAAGCAACUACCGUGUCAGCGUGGAGCAUCGAUGAGCCGUUGUCUCUAACAGUGCAUUUCGCGCAGAGACUCAACCAUGACAGUAAAGUAAAAGUGGCAGUUCAGUGUGGGAUAUUUUACAGUGAUGAAAUCCUCUGCGACGUUUGUCAUACCUCAGAGAAGUGUUUAGAAGACAAUCAGUGUACGUGGGAAGAAACGGUGCACUUCAAUUUGAAUGUCAACAACUUACCUCGAAUGGCCAAACUCUGCCUCUGCCUCUACGAACUGAGUCCUACGCAAAAGAACAGCAGGUUCAGGAAAUGCGAGGGAGGUUAUGCUUGUCCAUUAGUUUGGGUGAAUACACCAGUUUUUGAUUAUAAGGGUAUUUUGAAAUCUCUUCCGAGUACUCUUUCAACUUGGCCUUAUACUCAAGAAGUGGAUGACUAUUCUACCAUGAUGCUUCGACCUCUCGGAUGGACCACAGCGAAUCCCGUCAAGGAUCAAGCUGCAGAAGUCACGGUAUCGUUUUGUAAAUAUCAUCCAACGGCACAAGUCGCAUACCCAAGCUUCGAAGAGAUUCUGGAAUACGCAGUAAAAGAUUCGAACGACAACAAUAAUUCAUCUUUUGGAUCUGUAACGCCUCAAGUAAGCAAAUGUUAUUUAGAGAGCCUACGUGAGAUUUGUGAGAAGGAUACUCUAUACCAGCUUCAUGAACAGGAGAAAGAACUUAUGUGGUUCUUACGUGCUGACUGUCGCACACAAUUGCAUCACUCCCUCCCAAAAUUGUUGAGAUGCAUCAAGUGGAACGACAGGAGAGAAAUAGCACAGAUGAUGAUGCUUCUUCAGGAUUGGCCACUUUUAUCACCUCAUAAGGCCUUGGAGCUGCUCGAUUAUGCAUAUCCUGAUCCCAAAGUUCGUAGUUUUGCAGUUAGAUGUCUGCAAGUGAUCAGCGACGAGGAAUUGACGAUGUACAUGCUUCAGUUGGUGCAAGCUUUGAAGCACGAAUCAUAUCUUCAAAAUGAUCUCGUGAAGUUUUUGCUGGAGAGGUCUCUGAAGAAUAGACACAUGGGACAUCGAUUGUUUUGGUUAUUGAAAUCAGAUAUAGAUUUCCCUGAGGUAACUAUAAGGUUUGCACUCAUUUUAGAAGUGUAUUGCCGUAGUGUUCCUGUGCACUUAGAAGCUUUAGAGAAACAGGUUCAGGCCCUUCGUAAGUUCAAAAUGGCCAACAAUCUCAUACAGAACGAAAUCAAUUUGAGAAAAGAAGGUAAAGAGAAACUGAAAGUUUUAAUACAGGACUUACUAGAGCGCACAAUUCAUGAAACAUUGAUUAAAGGCUUACAAAAUCCUCUUGAUCCCAGAUUGAAAUUUGGCAGAAUAAGAGUAGAGAAGUGUAAAUUUUUGGACUCAAAACUGAAACCUUUGUGGCUAGCCUUCGAGAACACAGACACAUGCGGGAAGGAUCUCUUUCUCAUCUUCAAGAAUGGAGACGAUCUUCGUCAAGACAUGUUGACUCUCCAGAUGAUUCGUAUCAUGGACAAACUGUGGAAAGAUGAGGGAUUAGAUCUCAGAAUGAUACCCUAUCAGUGCCUCGCCACCGGUCACAAAAUGGGUCUCAUCGAAGUGGUUCCGGACGCGAACACUAUUGCCAACAUACAGAAAGAGAAAGGAUUCACUGCUACCUCAGCAUUUAAGAAGGGUUCUUUACUUGCAUGGUUAAAGGAUCAUAAUCCCGACGAAAACAGCUUGAGCAAAGCCGCUGAAGAAUUCACGUUGUCCUGCGCUGGAUACUGUGUGGCCACUUACGUCUUGGGCGUGGCUGACAGACACAGUGAUAACAUUAUGGUCAAAACCAAUGGACAGUUAUUUCACGUUGAUUUUGGGCACAUUCUGGGAAAAUUCAAAGAGAAAUUUGGUUUCAAACGUGAACGCGUACCUUUCGUCCUAACACACGAUUUUGUAUACAUCAUUACCAAAGGCCACACUCAAAGAUCUCAGGAAUUUACCAGGUUUCAAGAAUACUGUGAAAAAGCUUUUAUGAUUUUACGACGCAAAGGUCCCCUGGUGAUAUCUCUAUUCGCAAUGAUGUUGUCUACGGGUAUUCCAGAACUUAGCAGUGAAAAAGACCUCGACUAUCUAAGAGAGACUCUGGUUUUAGACAUGACUGAAAAUGAAGCUGUGAAACACUUUCGUUCCAAAUUCGAUGAAGCGCUCAAAAACAGUUGGAAAACGAGCGUGAACUGGAUGGCGCACAAUUGGGCGAGAGAUAACAAUUAACUCCAACAAAUACUGUGAUCAUUUUAUUCGCCAAGUAGUGAUAAUGAGCGUCGUUUUAAAAAUUGUGAUAUAUUUCUAAUGAAGUAGCUAGAGGAAUUGCCUCCCAUAUCGAUGCACAAACAAAUAAUAACCUAAAAAUCAGAAAUAAUAGCUAAAAAAUUUCAAAAUUAUAACUAAUAUAUAUAAUACACACAUAUAUAUAUAUAUAUAAUGUGUCUAAAAUGUAAAUAAAAUAUUCUAAAUACAAAUAUUAAAAAACUAUAAAAUAUAAAUAUACAAAUAAUAGUUAAAAAUGUCAAAAUGGCAUAGAGAGAAACAGAUUAAAGCUCUGUAAAGUAAAACUUCAGUUCCAAUAUUUUAAAACAGUAUCAUUAUUUUAUUAUUAUUCUAUUAGGAAAACCAUGGUUGACACUGUAUAUAUCUUCUUUAUUGUUUCAAAUAGUGAUAUGUAGAUAGUAUAGAAUGAUUUCUUAAAAGAAAAAUAUGCAUUUCCAGAUCUUAAAUGUUUGUUAAAGGGUUUUUAGAAAACUUUUCUUACAACUCCCAGCACUUAAGCAAUGUAAGGAAAGUUUUCAGUAAGUUUUACAAUAUUUAGAGCUUUGUUCUAAAGAUUACCUUUUAGAAUAACCUGCGUUCAAAUAAUUAAUUCAAUAAAGUUCAAUAAAGUUCAAAAUAAUCACCUUACCACGCCCUCGUUCCGUUUGCCCUAGAAAUAACGGAAAUAAAACUGUGAAACAUAUCUAGGAAUUCUUCCUUAUUAAUGACAUCUUGAUCAUAAUUUGUAUAACUUUCGCAAUUUUUAUUCAAAAAUUGUGACAGACUGUAUAGAAGGUAUACAAGAGUGUGUAACUAUUGAAAUCAUGUGGUGAUAUCUUUUAAAUACAUUAAUGUAGUAUAAAAAAGAUUUUGAAUUUAAUUUCAAACGGCAACUCAGAACUUCUAUAUUCUACACUUCAUUGAGUCACAUGACUAACUGCUUUGAAGUAACAUUUCACGUGAAAAAUUUCGCCCCCAAAAGUUUUCCACUGGCUGGAAAAUGCCCUCCUCUAGCUACGUCUUGUUAACUAUAAUGUAUGAUAUUAUUUAUGUACAAUCGUAAAUGCUCAAACUACGUUCUGGUCUCAACAUUUCCCCUUUCAUUAAUUUAUCUGUGUAUUUAUCUAAUUAAAUUUAUGAGACUUUAAAUUUACCUUUUACAGAAUAAAAUUUGAAUUGUAAAAAAAUGGA